CUUCCUUUCUCUUCCCCCCUCAUCCCUCGCUUGAGCCUUCCAAGACGUCCCUACCUCGAUCGUCACCAUGGAUCCUUCGCAAAUGUUGACAUCCUCGACGGGGAUUCCCAUUGUCAACACGGCGUGGCCGGAGAUCUACGUCCCUGACGAGAUGGCCGAUGCCUACCACAUUAGCCAGCUGCUGUACGCCGCAGUCUUGGGCGCCUACGGGUGGGAGAUUCUCACGACGCUCAAGUACGACUUGCAAUUGGUAUUCAGACGCAAGUUCAUGGUCGCCACCGGCUUCUACCUCGUCUCGCGCUACGCUGCCUUUGCCUACAUCAUCACCUCGUACAUCUUCCAGGCCAUCCGUGUACCCGUUGGCAGUUGCCAGCCCCUGCAGUACGGCCUGGCCGUGUGCUACGUAUUUGCAAGCCCAGCUACAUCGAUGCUCUUCUACCUCCGAGCGAUGGCCGUCUGGAGCUGGAACAGGGUCGUCAUGGUCCUGCUGGGCCUCUGCGCCCUUUCCACUCUAGCCGGCGCCCUCACCAUCUGCUUUGGCAUCACCGGUGCCGAGGUGGCCGACACGCGCCGGUGCAUCAACACGGGCGCCAAGCCUUACACUUCUGCCUCUGUCGCCACCACGUUUGCCAACGACACGGCCGUCUGGCUCCUUGUCAGCGCCAAAAUCAUUCACAGCGCGGGCAUUACAAACUGGCGGGCGGUCAAGGAUGCCUUGUUCACCGGCAACAACAUGUCGAGCUACAUCAUGGUCCAGCUCCUUCGUCAAGGCGCACUGUACUACUUUGCCACCGUCGUCGGCAACAUCGUCACACUUGCCGUGCUGCUUACGCCUACGAUCAACCCCGUGAUCCGCGCCAUGCUCACGAUCCCAAAUCUGGCCCUGACGGCUUCCAUGGCAGGCCGAGUGCAUCGCAAUCUGAUCUUUGGGGACAAUGCUCCGGCCAGCGGACAAAGCAAGCAGCGACCUCGGCCAUCGGUGAGCGAUGCCGCCCACAACCAAGGCCGCUUCAAUGGCAACGGCAACCAAGGCGGAUUCUCUCCUGCUGUCGCUGGUGCUGGUGGCGUUCGCGGCCUGGGAGUGUCGCCCGGCGAGUCUUUUGCCGCCAAGUUUGGUAGCGCCAAGGGCGGCGCAUCGCCGUCGAGCGACAAUGUGGACCUGGAGCGCCUGGAAGGGCCGUCGUACGAACGGUACUCGAGCAACCGGAGCGACCUGAGCGAGCCGGUGAGCCUCGGCAACUCGCCGUACAGCCAAUUCAGCUCGCCACGCUUCCGUAACGAUGAAAAGAUCAUGAUUGAGCAGAUCCAGGAGAUCUCGCGCGGCUGAGGGGGUGGCUGUUUCCUGUAAUUUUGCUCUUUUUUCUUCCUCUUUGACAGUCUGGAACUCAAC